CAGCCGUUAGUACGGAUGACACUAUUGGUCCAGCAGCAUAACGCCAUGGGGGGCGGAUUCUCAUUGGGUGACAGCUGCUUAAUCCGAGAGCUCAACAUUUUGUAACAUCUCCAGUUUAAGCGUUUAUUUAUGGAUUUACGCUGGGAGAGACAAUACACGCGAACGUGAAACGAUUGACAAGAUCUGGAGGAGUCGUCUAAAUCCUCAGUAGCGUGAGAACACCCUUUUAGACCAAUGAAGUAUCUGAGGAACCAAGAAUUUUGUUUUCAAAAAUCUGUAUGAUUCAGUUUAAACUUUAAGAAACUCCAUUAAGGGAUCUUUUUUCCAAAGACUGCCAUUGUAUCACUCUGCAAAACUACACACAGAAUCAGUGUUUCCUGUGGAAAAGUUUUGUUUUCUUACUCUUCACAAAGUCUGUCACAGUGCCCCCUGCUGGGGCCAUGCCCCACCUGCUGAACAAUGACACUUCCUUCAGCUCCAAGCAAGAGCUCUUGGUCCUACAUGACAGUCCAUUGGGACCCAGCCUGGACACUCCCAGCCCAGUGGAGUGCCAGGGCUCUGGUCCAGGCAGCCCAUCUGGAGAUGCCCGCACUGUGCUCCACAAGACAGGCAAAAAGGGGCUUGACCUCACAGAGCCGCCCACUGGGGUGAAGUUUGUUCCGACAGACUUUGAGAAUCUUUGUGGGUGGGGAGCACUGACCCCACGGUGUAUGCAGACCUUCAACACCCCACACUGGGUUCUCUUCUUCCUCUGUGUGGCCUCCUUCCUCCAGGGCAUGAUCAUCAAUGGCUUCAUCAACACCGUCAUCACCUCCAUUGAGAGACGUUUUGACCUGCGCAGCUACCAGGCAGGACUCAUCGCGAGCUCCUAUGACAUUGCUGCUUGUGUGUGCCUGACAUUCGUGAGCUACUUUGGUGGUAAUGGUCAUAAGCCUCGAUGGCUGGGCUGGGGUGUGCUCAUCAUGGCACUGGGCUCUCUGGUCUUUGCCCUGCCCCAUUUCACCACACCACCUUAUCAGGUGAGAGUGCCGGAGCGUAUGGGACUGUGCUCAGCCAAUCACACCGAGACGUGUGUCGGCGAGGAAGGUGGGCUCUCAGCUUACCGUUACGUCUUUAUGCUGGGCCAGUUUCUGCACGGGGUCGGAGCAACCCCUUUGUACACCCUCGGGGUCACCUACCUAGAUGAGAAUGUCAAGUCAAACUACGCACCUGUAUAUAUAGGGAUCUUCUACACAGCUGCCAUUGUAGGACCUGCGGCUGGAUACUUGCUGGGUGGAAUCUUUCUCAACAUCUACACAGAAAUCGACCAAAUGACAGAGCUGACUACUGAAAAUCCGCUGUGGGUGGGAGCUUGGUGGAUUGGUUUCCUGGCAGGAGGAGCGGCAGCUCUGGUUAUCGCUCUGCCUAUACUGGGUUACCCACGACAGCUACCAGGCUCUCAGCGGUAUGUGGCCAUGCGGGUCUCAGAGGCCCACCAGCUGAAGGAUGGCAGUCAGGUCACUGCAGCUGAUCCUCAGUUUGGCAAAACAGUAAAGGACAUGCCCAGGUCAAUGCUGCUUCUUUUGAAGAACCCUACCUUCAUCUUUCUGUGUCUCGCUGGUGCCACAGAGGCCACGCUCAUAGCUGGAAUGUCCACGUUUGGCCCCAAAUUUCUAGAGUCUCAGUUUAGUCUGAGUGCUUCAGAGGCAGCAACCUGGUUUGGUUAUAUGGUGGUACCAGCUGGUGGAGGAGGCACCUUCCUGGGUGGCUUCAUUGUAAAGAAGCUGAACCUUCGCUGCCGUGGGAUUAUCCGUUUCUGCAUGCUGUGCGCAGUGGUCAGUCUGACGGCUAUCUCCAUCUUUUUGGUACACUGUCCUAAUGUGCCCAUGGCAGGAGUAACUGCCCCAUACUACAAUAACUUUACACACAACCACUACAGCGCCCCCUACCUGCAGACAGAGAUCCAUAACAACAGCUUCUCAGAUCUGGGCAAUCUGACCGCAAUCUGUAACAUUGGCUGUCACUGUGUUAAGGAGUUGUUUAACCCCGUGUGUGGUGCGGAUGGAGUGAUGUAUUUCUCUCCCUGCCAUGCUGGCUGUAGCUCCCUCAACCACACAUAUAGCCUCAGAGGCAGACAGGUGUUCUCUGGAUGCAGCUGUGUGGUGGGGAAUAUAUCAUGGGGAGAACAAGGUUUUGCUGAAGAAGGGAGGUGUGUGUCAUCCUGCAAUCACAUGCCAGCCUUCCUCACCUUCCUCUUCGUCAUCAUCUUCUUCACUUUCCUCUGCAGCAUCCCUGCACUUACUACCACACUCAGGUGUGUUCCUGACAGUCAGAGAUCGUUUGGACUUGGAAUCCAGUGGAUUGUAGUAAGGACUCUCGGUGGGAUCCCAGGCCCUAUAGCUUUUGGCUCUGUGAUUGACAUCUCCUGCCUGCUGUGGGAGGAGCAGUGUGGGGAAUACGGCUCCUGUUACCUGUACCACAACUCAGCCAUGAGCCAGUACUCGCUCAUCGCAGGCAUCAUCUACAAGGUUUUAGGCACUCUUUUCUUUUUUCUGGCUGCCAUGCUCUACAAGCCGCCCCCCGAGUCUCCUCAGAGCAGCUGUGAGAGCACAGAUGUGGGAGGGGGAGAGGCCAGAGACCUGCCAAUCAAAGCCAACCCGCACGCCAAAUUAUGACCUCAGUCUACAAAUACACCAACACCUCAGCUCAAAGUGUGCGUGUACGCGUCUCUGUGUGCAUGUGUGUGUAUAAGGUCAACACCAUCACUGUUCACUGUGCCCCUUCCUGCUGGCUGUACAUCGUUCCCAACACGCAUUAUGUGAUAUGUUCCCAUAUACUGUCAUUGGCUCACAAGUCUCAGAGUCCACCGACCCAGACAUGAGGACUAAAAGCAUUUAUGUCACAAUAAAUGACAAAAAAAAAAAAACGGUGAAAUCAGAGCAUAUAUGUUACAUAAACAGAACCUAC